AUGCUGCGAGGACUCACAAGGAAACUCACACCAGCGGGGCUGCGGUCCACCCUCGCAUCCGCAUCCGAGUCGUCAUCGAGAUGCCAGCAGUACCGACCGUCUUCCGCCCUGCGAACAUUCGCAACAUCAAGACCGACGCUGAACAGCAACGAGGACAAGUCGGCAUCCACACAGCAGCUCGAAUCGCAGGCUUCGGGACAGUCCACUUCCGACCCGACUCCCGCUGGCAGUAGCACUGUCUCGGAUGCUCUGCAACGCGAGCUGUCCUCGGACGAUGCCUCUGCGUCUACGAGUGGCAGACAGGCAGCGCCUUCCAACCUGGACGACCUCCUGGGCUCCAUUUCUGCCGUUUCUUCGCUUCCUGGCUCCGAAGCCUCUUCUUCCACCGAUGCCUCCACAGGAACCGCGUUCAGGAACCGCACAUCCUCGCCCCUUAUCCGCGGCUCCUCCGCCUCGCGCUACGCCCCACUCUUCUCCUCCUCCACCACCCUCCCGCACCGCCUCUUUGUCAACUCAUCCCGAAACAACACGAUCCUCACCCUCACCUCGCCCACCGGCGACCCGCUCGCGUCGGCAUCCGGAGGCAGCGUCGGGUUCAAGAAAUCCGCACGAUCCGGGUACGAGGCUGGGUACAGAGCUGCGUUCAGCAUGUUUGGCAAGAUCAACGAGUUCAAGGAUGCCUGGAGGAUCCAGCACUUGGAGGUACUGUGGAACGGGUUUGGCCAGGGACGGGAGGCUGUGUUCAGGGCCUUGUUGGCGGGAGAGGGGCAAGGGACCAAGAAUCUCAUCAGCAAGAUGACGGACAAGACACCAGUCAAGAUCGGAGGUGUCCGGCCGAAGAAGCGCAGGAUGUUGUAG